GCUAAUCGUUCUCACCCUUUCAAACUGGAAUGUUCAGCACCUCAUUUCUUCUUUAAAGUUCACUUUUCCUCUAACUUCUAUGAAUCAUUACGCUAUUAUACUUGUUGGAUUCUUCAUUUUGCAUUUACAACACAAGAAAAGUUUGGCUUCUGUGCUGUCAGCGCGAUGCAGAAGUCGCUGCCUUGCAAAGGUUUGUACUCAGCGAUCCGCGAAUUUUCCCAAGUGUGUUAUGAACCUGUCGGUGAAAUCUUUGACAGGUUGCGAUCUUGUAACGAGAGUACUUAGGUCAUUAAUGUUGCAGGUGACAAAGUUUUGUUUUGAACUUCCUAUAAUUUCAGGAAGCGCCUUAUUUCUUAUACUCAUGUUGUUUUUUUUUCUUCCGUGGUCUUUCGCGCGUCAUCGUAACUGCGUGGAAAUGUAUUCAGCAGGAGAUCGAAACACAUCUCAAUGUAAGUAUACUUGUUUUACUUGCAGCUUAUGGCUUUCUUCAUGCACUAAUUUAAGGGAUUGUUUCUCUAAGUGUUCUAAGAUGCAGUUAAGGAAAAACAUGUCGCACCAAAAAAAACCGUGUACACAAGUGAAAAGUUGCAAACUUUUACCGGAGAAUCGUUGACAUGUUUAGGAACGUGUGUAGAUGUAAGCAAAUUUGUCUAAAAAUUAAUACAAACCCAUAAUUUUUCAAUGGGGAGAGUAACUUCAAAGAGAAAAAUUCAAGAAGACCGUAGAAUGAAAAAAGGUAUCGACUUCGAAUAAGGUUAUUUUGUAGCGUCUAAAGCGUUUGAACUUAUGCAGGACAUGAAUAGCAGUGUUUGUUUGUACAUCAACUCCAAAAUUUGCAUUUAAAGUUAAGCGCUUGCAUUCUAUUUUAACGCAGCUAAAGAUUUAAGCCCUUCUCGUCUUUUCUCACUGUUUAAUGGGCACAAUUAGUAAGUAAUAAUAGAUUUUGGAUAAAAGAGUAUUAAUAUCUCUCGUGCAUAUGGCGACAUACGAUCGAAAAACCAAAGUUCAUCCACGGAUCAUUAUUAUGCAAAUGUUGAUUACUCGUCCACUCCCUUAUGUUUUAAUUUUCAUCUUUUCUUCUGCUGAAAUAUUUUCUUAUAAAGUUAAGCUGGAAUUCAUCUUUAAUUUGUAUUUUUUUGAAAAUUGAAGAAGUGUUGAAUUACACAAAUGUGAUAAGGAAUGGUAGCUAAAUUUAGCCAUGGCGUUCAUGUUUAUCAUAUUGUUUCAUCAUUGUAAUGAAAAAUCAAAUAGUUUUGGAUGAUAAUUUCAAACCCCUUUUGAUCUGUAAAGUAGUUGACAUCUAUUUCUCUAUUUUGAUUGGGGAGCAUACGGCAAACAGAUAUAGCACGGGAGUGCAACUCUGACGAAAUAAUCCUCCCUAAAAUCUCUUUAACAGACCAUCGGCUUUUAGCGAAUUAUCGGCUAGGUGUGAUAUUGUAAUGCGAUUGAUCGACAAAGAAAAGCUAAGUGAUAUCUUAGAAUUUUUAAAUUUUGUUACCCUUUUUUCUCGCGGGUGGUUAUUCACGGAUACGGUUACAUCAUGUUUUGUUUGAAUGGUUUGUCAAUGGAUAAGUAUUCAUCAAUUGCCUCCUUAAAUUGUGUUUCCUGUGGCUCGAUAUCUGCUAAGUACCACGCUUACUCGCGUGAAUUACAAUAGGAACAUAGAACCCAAAUGCUUCUUUUUUUUAAUAUCAUACGUUACUCAACCGCUUUAAUUCUCUUCUUACUCAGCAACAUUUUCUAAUUAUUUUAAGAUGAUAGUAUGAAAUAGCUUGUGCUGUGGAUGCAGUGUGUAUGGCAGUCUGUGUUGCUGCACUUUGAGAGAAGUACACCCCACCAUUGCAUGCCCCACCCUUUGUCUAAUACACUUCUUUAAAAUUUGAACAACACACAGUUUCUAAUGAGUAACUUAUUUUGUCUCUGUUAAGGUCACAUGGAUCUCUGAAUGUGUUACAGAGGGCUGUUCAGCAGUAAGUUACUUAUAAUGCACAUUAUUUUUUAUCACUUAGUACAGGUAAUCAUAUGAUUUGGAGUGCAAUUUGAAGAAAUUACAAGUGAUUCAUUUUUUUUGAAAUUGCCCAAAAAUGUAAUGGUGCAGUUUAAUUGUUUGGUUGAGUGUAGUCCUGAGAAGGACUGUUUUUGGUUGUGGUGACUGACAUUUCGAGAACCAGCUGAGUGGAAGUCAUCAUCAAGAGUCAAGUGAGUAGUUGUUGUCAGUCCCAUGUUGUAAGCUGGUUUGUAUUGACUGAUUGGUCAGUUUUGCUGUGAUUUUAUUGGCUGUAAGACUCAAGUGGCGUAGGUCAGUUGUGAUUGGUUGGUGUUGAUCUGUUGGUAAAGUUAGGUCAUUUUGUUCGGUUCGUGUGCAAUGUUAAUGCCCUGAGUGAGUUGUUUGUAUGGUGCUGGUAUUGGUUGACACCCGUUGAGGAGAGACUGUUCUAAGUUAGUUAACCAGCUUUCCAGAGGCAGUCGUUAAAAGUAGCUGGUGCUGUAGGAGGACUAUUGCCCUUAUUUUACACUGAACUACCCUUUUCUGCACUGAACCUUAAUUUCUCUCAGCCAAUCAGAACAAAAAAAUUAUUUUCAUGUUUAAUGUUAUGAUAGGAGUAUCAUUCUAGCCAAUUUUUUUGAUCUAGUAAGAUAAUAUACUUUGAAGAAACAUUGAAUGAACAAUAAAUGAACAUUUAAGUACAAAUUUAUGGACAAAAUUUCAACUUUGUGCAUUGUUUGAGAUGUAUGAGCAUGCUGUAAUUUUUUAACAUAGAAUUUGGUUGAUUCACUGUGCAGGACUGCUCUCAAGUGACAAACUUAUUUCAAGAUGGCUGUACACUUUUCAUGUAUAAAUAUUACACCUUUCCAUUUAAAUUGAUGAAAUAAUUUUGUCAAUCUUUUCUGUUAGUGUAUGAAACCAUGUGAACAGAGAAAGAAAGAAAAGCUUUCAUGUGCAUCCAUAUGUGUAAGUAGUAAACUCUUUUACUUGUUCACUUGUUCACUUGUUUUGCAAUGCUAAUUUUGUAACUGAAUGGAUGAUGAAGCAAAAUGUGUUUAGAAUCCAUUCACAGGAAGUUAGAGUAUUGCAGUAGUUUGAAUAGUUAGUAUACUUGGAAUUGUAGAUCAGGGUAUGAAGUGUGACUGCCCUGGCAAGGGUUAGUCCUGAGAAAAACUAUUGUUAGUUGGAGAAUAAUUCUCCAAAACAAUCUGACUGAUGUAACAGUAUAUUUAAAUUACUUCAUGGAUAAAUACAGAGAAUUUUUAAUUUGAUUUCAUAUAAAUACAUUUUGGUGAAUGAUAACAAAUGAAAUAAAGAGAAUCUGUCACUAUUUAGCUCAUACUUUGGCUCCAUUUUGUUUAUUAUUUAUGUCAAGUAUCUGAUCUUUGUUGCUAUAUUUGUGUUUUAGGGGUCACCUGUGACACCAGUGAAGGAUAGAAAUGCAUGCACUGAGUCUUGUGGAUUUUUAAAAUUGAUGCGCACUGAGGGUAAGAUCAACAUCCAAAACACUUAGAUGUAGAUGCUUUUAUCUCUUAGCUGAAGUCAGGCAAUUGGGAUGACUCUCUAGCAGAGUGCAUGCUAGCUGUCAUCCCCAUUAAACUUUUAAAUGGGUCUUUGAAGAGUAGCUUUUCUAAGGACUUGACUUAAUAUAGGACAAGGUUCACUGAGGCGUAAUAAGAAAGCGCUUUUAUAACUGAUCUGCGUCUUCAAUAAUGAGCAAUUAUGGGAUGACUUCACUCAAAAACUGGAUCAACAACUGUUCUAUUGUACCUUUCAUAAACAAAUUAUCUACAAAAGAAGACACCUGAGUUUGUAAAAGUUUGAGAAUACUACACAGAUAAGGGGCUUGGAAACUAGGCAGACUUUGAACUUGACAUGAUCAAUGCAAUAUAUGCUGCAGAAAUGUCUUCACAUGUUAUUGUUUAAUGAUUGAAUGCUCUCUACUUAUCAGAUUUUUCAUAGUAAGUCUAAUUAUUAUAUCAGUGAUUGUGUCAAGGCUAAAUGUUUGUCAGUAAAAAUCUUAAGGUAACCAGUGUAUUAUGAAAUUGUCAAGUAUGAUUUUCCCUUGGUUCAAUAGUUAUAAUUAUGACAAAUGAUUAUAAGUGACUAGCAUUUUUGUCCAGCAGGUGGUAACUCUUCCUGCCCAUUGGGAUCAACAAAAAGUCAAUGUAUGUUUUACAGUUUGAUGAACUUUGUGUGUUUACUUUGCAACAGAGCUAACUGUUAUUGCAGACGAGAUUUUACCUGCCCAAUAGACCUUCCUCACUAGAAAAUUUUAACUGGUUUUUACCCCAUAAGUAACUCUGACAAUAUCUUCACUUGCUCACCAUCUACGGUUCAAAACCUUAUAUAUUCCUAUGAAGUGUGAUUAUUAUCUUUAUUAGAUUAGCUCUGUAUCUCCUCCAGCCACAUAUUGAAAACAAAUAUUGAGAGAAGAAUGGACUCCAAAAUCACUGAGAUAUACAAAAAUAACAAUAAUGUAAGGAAAUGGCUCAACCAAGACUUAAUGCAAACAAGGCUGUGGAGUGAUUUUCCAAUGACUGACAUUGAUUCUACAGUUUUAUAAGAUACGACAUUCUUUCUAACUACAGGUGUGUUGAUGCAACCUGAAAAUGUGGAGGUCUCUAUAAAUGACCAUUUGCAGAAAUUUUCUAUCAAGUGGAAUGGAUCAUGGCCAACUGCAACAGUUUUCAUUGUCUCAACAAGAAAGCAGAUGAAAGGAGAACAGUUAGACAAGGAUGCUUGGCAUGACUGGGAAGAAUUAAUACAGGUAUUUAGUUUAUUUCAAUUGAGAAAGUUGAUAAUUGACUGUUAAUAUAGAUAUACUGUCAGCGAUGAGGAUGAAAACAAAAACAAUAAGGCACAUAUCAAAAGUGACUACUCUUGCACAGUGAUAAGUUAUUUGAUACAAUUGCUCUUUAAAAUACAUUUCCUAUAAGGCAAUUGUUGAAUUAUCCAAAACAUUUUUCUCCUCAAUGCCUUCAACUUUCCAAUCGAGUUUUAUGGCAGAAAGGUGGCAACAAAGCUGCUUAUGCAUGAAAACAUGAUGCAGAUGUGAGUUGAUUUCACAUGGCCGUGUGACAAAAUAACUUCUUCAGGCAUGCAUAUAUACAAAACCUUCAUUGUGACAAUGUCCUGUGCAGGUAAUCUGCCAUGCCUUAACAUGCAGAUAUAAUAGUAGUGAUGAAAACAAUUUUGAUAAUAAUGAUGAUAAUGAUAAGGAGUGAUGUUAUUUUUUUCAUAAGGGUUGGACAAAGAACGAAGAAAAGUUCUCUGUGUGGAAUUGAAAUGUAGACUGUUAGAUAAUGUCCUGCCUUUUUUGUCUCUGAUCCUCUACCACUGAGCUGCAGAGAACUUGUUGGUUAGCUCAGUCAUCCUUUGAAGGAAGAUGAUAACUAAUGCUGUAGAAAGUAAAAACCUUAUUUACCUGCAGGCAUGGCAAAAUGAAUAGCAUAAAUCACAAAAUAUCUGUCCAUAUUAUAUGUCAAAUUAUCCGAAAAGUUGUACCAUUAGAUAAUGAUAACUUACACUGUACUAGUAAUUUGUCAGGAUUAUUUGUUCUCAUUUAGUUUAUAUUGUUUGUUAUGGUAGACUACAAAUACUUCAGUGGAAGUUGAACCCAUGCCACUGUUUUGGCACCAGUAUAAAGUGGUAGCAGUGACACAAUAUGGUUCAAGUGCCUUCAGUAUCCCAAGUAAACUAGUUUUUGCAGAACCACAAAGACUACAGCCACCAAGAGAUUUCCAUGUGGUGUCAAUGUACACUGUCAAAGGCCAAGCUCAGGUUGAUGUUUCAUGGAAGAAGCCAGUUAAUACCAUUGGUAAGACUCUUCUCUGGGCAGGAGAUUUGUGUCUCUAGUAGACUGAGAAUUGUUUAAGUACUUAAAUUUCUUUUAUACAAAUGUUGUAUACAUGUAGUUAUUUGUUGUUGUCUUCAUCGCAGCUCUACCCAUCCACCGAUACAGACUGCAGUGGAGCCUGAGGCCAGACAUCCAUUUGGAAGAAUUCAUAACUUUGCCAGUCCGACAUGAGAGAUUAAAGGGGACAAUCCACAGGUUCACAAUAAGCAACCUGCAACCCAAUCGGACGUAUGUGCUUGAAUUACAAGCAAUCUCCCGCUACAAUAAGAAAAGAUUGAGAAGCCACCGGGUGUCUCUGAGAAUUCAAACACCUGCAGUGGCAGAAGGUAAAAAAUUAUUGAUAUAAAGAAGAAAAGAAAAUCACUGGCAAAAUGCCAUUAACAUUGUUCAAAAAAAGAGAUCCUUAUCUGACAAAGGUGCUGUAUUUUGACUACUAGCAUAUAUUAUUUGUCAAAAUUUAAGUUUAUGUUACUGGUAUACAUCAAACUUUGGCAAAAGACAGUAAAUGGUGAUCAUCACAACUACAUUAUCUUUUGAUCUUAUCAACUUUUUCUGUUCAGUUAAGAAAAACAAAGGAAUUAAGAAUAGUGAGAAAUGGAACAAGAUUAUAAAUAUAAAGAAGAAAGCAACAGACAGUCAUACUGGUAGACCCACAACAGUGACAAUGAUACCUGGUAAGUGUUAACAGUAAUCAGGGUUCAUUAUCCUUCGAUUCAAGACUGCUCUUUGUUUAAAAUAACGAUAAUUGGUUAGUUCUGCUCAGGUGGAUAGUGUUUUUGCAUGCAAUGAUUGGCUAUUUUGGAGGUGAUUAGCAAACCUAUUCUCUGUUGGGCUGCUGCAUGAUGAAACAAAAUCUCAUGUCAACAGUUAAGUUUAAAUGGUUAAUUGAAAUAAAAUAACCUGCACAUGGUGUCCAGAAUAUUUUCACAUGUACAUGCUGUGGCUUAGUUUUUCAUGUGGUCCAAAUUUUAUUUGUAUGCUAAUGUUUUAGUUUGAAACAAAGGAAAUAAAAAAAUGGCAAAAGUAUAUAGUUUGUAGGGUUAUAUAGGUUAAGGAAAUUUAACACAAGAUAUUCAAACCUUUUGGUAAUAUUUUACUAAUUCAAAAAUAAAAAAGAGGUAACUGGCAAAUCAUAACUAAUCUUUUGAAUGUUAUUUGUGACCAAAAAUGUUUUCAACAUUUCACAGGAAUUAGUUUAGCAAAGAUGAGGUCAACUCAUCAGUCACAAGGUUGGUGUUCACUCUGUUUGAAUUUGUUUCACAUUUAUUUGGAUCUGUUAAAUGCUAAAAGGAGAAAUUUCUUCUUUAAGUUGUUGUGCUGAUUUAUAAUUAUGAUGCAUGUGUGUGUUGUUCAAUCCCAGCCUAUCCUAACCACUGUAAGAAAUUCAUACAAUCCCUGUGUUUUUUUGUCAUUUCCAUCACAAUUGCCUGAUACUCAUAAAUUUUGCUUUUAGUUGUAUACUCCUGGCAUGAGUGAAUAGAAAUGUUUAGUGUGGGUCAUGUAAUGUCUAUCCUCAAAACAGAGUGCCCCUGGCUUCUCUUUGGCCAAGGCCCAAUAGUUUAAUCAAAGUCCUUGAAUUAUUUAACUUUAUUAGCUUUCAGGGAUGUUCACUAUAUAAUGUUUUUUCUUACUUUGGUUUUGCCCAAUCGAAGAUCAAAGUGAGAAGUCUGUUAUGUAAGAUAGUUCAAAACCAAGUUCAUCUUUCCCCUCUGAAUUUGCAUAAACUGUCUCAUCAGAAAAUCAUCCAAGACCCUUGAAAACAUACACACAGGCCUCCUGUAUAGGGGACAAUUAUUUUCAUUUCAAAAUGAUGAUUAACAUUAUUUUAUUUCACUGGAUACCAUCUGCUUGACAAUCUCUCUUAAUUCAUUCUUUAUUAUAUUUGGGUAACAGGGGCUAAAAGUAGCAGCAAAGUGUGAGAGUCAUGGGGGUAGUUUGGGUUCUUGAAGCAGGAAAGAGAAGGGAAAAUGCAAAGGCUCAUUCAUCAUUGAUUGAUAUAAGCAGGCUGCUAUCACUACUGAAGUUGAUUCUCAAAAAUUCUGUUUACAGACACUCACCCUUUUUUGCUAAUUCUUUUCAGUCCCAAACUCUACCUUCAAUGCUGAAACACAAAAUAGUGGUGCUGGAUUAACAAGUAUAAUUACAAUGUUACAUGUGGGAAUAGCUUGGAUUGUUAUCAUGUGGUAGCUCUAAUCUGAUCUUUUAAAAAUAUAUUGUACAUGUAGAUAGAUUUUCACCUUUCAUACUGAAAACUCUUACUCUCCAAGUGUGCUGAGAUUUUCCCCAGACCACGGUUGACUUUUCCACUUAAAUCAUAGAACUGUUGACAUCUGUUACAUGAUCACUGCAAGUGAAAAGCCUGCCACAAAUUCUUGUAAUGCAUGUACAUGUAGUCUAAACCACAACUGUUCAGUUUUGAAGUUGUAAAUUGAUUGGUGUAGCUUUAUGACUGUUUGAUAAAAAUGGUGUUAUAUUUGCACACCCAGCCCUGAAAUAAUUUAUUUGAAGAUUAUUCGCCUAGAAAUGAGGCACAUCAGGCUAGGUGUUUAAAGUGAAAAAUUUUCUGAGCAAAUACCAAGUAAGAGAGAAAUCCAGGAAGAUAUUGAAUGGUUCAAACAUCACAGGUUAUAUUUUUAUAAGCAGAGCAUCACUAUAUUUGUAUUUAUGACCCAGUUUAUAUUAUUACCGGUAUAUUUUGUAUUUGAAAAUUUCACUUCAUGUUUCAGGCUUUAGAUACCAUUGUUUGGAUUUAUUUAAUAGAAAAAGGAAAUUGGUUCUUCAACUUGUAUGAUCAAGCACUGAAAUUUUGGUUGAAUUAUUUUCCUUUUUUUGUGUUAAGAUAGUAGAAACAAUUGAUGUACUUGAUGUCUUUCACAGAAAGCCAUAAGAAAGCUAACAAAUUGUGUUGCAUGAGGGCUGUGCUGUAUGGCACAAUCUCACUGCUGGGCAGUGCACCGAUAGUUUACAAUUCAAAUUUUACAUGACCUGCAAUAGGAUUACUAAGUUAUAUAAUAUUUUUUUUAGCUGGAGCUUUCAUAGAGAUGUCAAAACAUCUUUUCUUUGUUAAGAAGUACUAAAACAGGACAGUUUUUUUCUUGCUAUAAAUACUAAUUACCAUUUGGACUACCAAGGUGUAAGGAAUGGUUCAUAAUUAGACUGCAGAGCCUGUUAAUUAAUAGAUUGAUUCAAGAAUAUCUUUUCAAGACUUUUUCAGGGUCAUUUUGGGAUAACUAUUAUCUCUAUAAAUACGAGAGAGCCACUGUUAGCAGUCUUACACAGUAAUGAGCUACAGUUCGCUACAUACUUUUGUAUUGUUGUGUUUUAUUAUUAGAGAAAAGUCCAAAGUUUUUUUUUUUAAGUUUUCCAAAAAUUUGCUAUGCUUUUGCGUUUUGUAUAACAAAAGUAACUUUGGAAAUGGAUGUACACUUGUUAUUUUAUAUAUUUACAAAAAAAUUGUUGGAAAACAGAAAUAGUUUCAGCAACUAAAGAUCUACUUUUUGUAUGUUCUUGUGUGUUGGUGUUGUUGAGGAAUGUAUUCCGGGAAUCGAAAAAGCACAUGAUCUCCGUCCAAAAAUCAUUUGACUUUUACGUCUGUGACUAUGAAGAAGAUAUGGGAAAAUAAUACUUACGGCGGUGUAAGAUGGCAGAGUUACAUGUGUAUUAUAUGUUUAAACUCUCCAUUUUGAUCGAAUAAAAUAAAUUUGGUAACCUGGC